AUGUCCGUCUCAAAAGGGCUCGUGAAGCUCCCCUGGGAUGUCUUCACGGAGAUCAUCCUCGCCAUGGCCCCGUACGACACACUCCGGCUUCGACGCGUCAGUCGCAGCCUCAAGAAUGAACUGGACAAUGGCCAAAUGGCGAUCCGGCUCAUCAGACACCACUUCCCUCGCGCACGAGAGAGCCGCGAGCUUCGGGCCUUCGUCAAGAACCGCGACGGAAAGACUAUUGGGAGCAUCGACUGGGCACUCGUCUUCCGCCUGCUCGUGCGUCGAUAUUACAAUAUCGGCAACGCCAAGUUUUGGAAGCAGCGCACACAGCCCAUGGUGCGCAGAGGCGCGAAUAUGGCGCCGUUUAUGCCCAUGGACCGCUACAUCGCAUAUAAGAGCAUCAUCAAACCCCUUCACCUCGCUGAUCCACUGUGGUCGUUUGAUCCAGAACCUGGCCUGCUCGUCUACCCCGGACCAGAAGUCCAUGGUGAAGACGGACUCUAUCAGUGGUAUAUGCUCGACGUCGCUACCAAUAAGGUAGUUCAACUCCCAUUCGACUCGGCAGGCCUCGUUGUACGCCGCGUACGACUCAGCCAUGGCGUUCUCAUCUUCGAGUGGUGUAGGCAGUGGUCUGAAGAGCACAAUCAUCAUCGUCCUAACACUGCCUGGGACAUCAGAGAGCAUUUUGUCACGGCCCUGGAUGUCAUCCGCAGCCGGCCCUGGAACGGCAUCUCGCAUGUGGAUGAGCCAACCGACAACGACCCCUUUUCCUGGGACUUCGAAUACCGCGGACAGUGGGAGCUCGAGCCGCUCAACCCGCGGGCAGAUCGCCAGUGCGACCGCAUGUUUUCGGAUCACAAUGCUACGCACUACAUUGCCUAUUACUGGAGGGCUUUCGGGCCUAACCAUACGCAGAACUGGGAGGCAGUCAGGCUGUGGGAUAUCCGGCGAGAGGCAAUGGAGGUGGCCCCCGUCCAACAGCCGGGGAAUAACCUGGUGAAUGCGUCCGCCGUGCUUGUGAAGGAGUUCAGAGCUAACUACUUGGCCUUUUGCCUUGGUUCGCAGAUUGCCGCCCCAGGCUUCAUUAGCAUUCGUCUCGACGACUGCACGUGGAACGAGCAGACACGGUCUGUUUGUGGCCACUUCUAUAUCACCGAGGAGUUCCAUCCCUGGUUGGUCGGCUCCCAGGUGUCCCCUAUGACCACCCGCGUUCAUGGGCUUCUCGUCACGGGCAUGCCCCUGACCGGCAUCGGACCAGAGUGGUCCUCGGCUUGCGGCAACCCUCUCUUUGCCGCGACUGGCGGCCACGAUCUCUCCUUCGGCUUGUGCAAAAUUGGCCCACACACGCGCCGGAUUGAAGAUCCGGAAGCGAUCGCCUACCUUGGCGACAUUCUCCUCGAUUCCGAUUCUGAGGAGGACGAGGAAGUAGACCACGGCGGUGACGUAAGCUCUGUACACCAAGCCAAGCCCAAGGGCUACAGACCGUACCGCUUUGCUAAAAAACGACGCCAGACUGGCUCUGGAUCUGCGGGAUCCGGCUGCUACGCCUAUGAGUUCCGCCCGCCGACGGCGCGUCAGCUUCGCCAGCAGCGCGGCGAGAAGGAGCCUACCGACGACGAGCUUAUGCAGCGAGACCUCGACGAGACGUUGCCCGGCCGCCCCCCCUGCUGGCGACACGACCAGUUCCCCAACAUCAACAUCGCGCAGGCCUUUGACGCCGCCGCCGGCGUCCGCAUCAUCGCCCAGACCGACAUUAUUACCGCCGCCCACUCGAGCCUCUCGCGCCCCGUCCUCCGCGUCGAGAGCGACGUCGAGGCCGCCUAUACGGCCGCCGGCUCCAACGACGACCGCGACGAGUGUGAGGCGUGGAGGUUUGGCCCCAACAUGUGGUCUAAGCUCAUGGGCCGCCAGGUUAUAUUCGGCGACGAGCGCUGGAUCGUAGGCGAGGGCCCUAAUGGUACCCUGACUAUUUGCAUUUUUUAA